AUGAUGGACUAUCUUUACUGCAUUUUGUGUGGACUUUUUAUCAAAGAAGCAAGUGAUUCCAAGUUGGACAUAUUCCUCGAAGAUGCGAACUGGAAAGGAUCUUACCAUGGCGAGGGCCUAUUGUACGUGAAGCCAGACGAACUGGAGAAGAAGUAUUUUGUGAGAACUCCUUCUCUCUGGAGGAGUCUCUACCGGCUGAUCAUAUAUGACCGCUCAAUACAAGGCUACCGCGUCACUGGGAUAGGGCAACGCGCAGUUUCGAGUGAACUCGCCCAGCCUCCCCUGGACGAAUAUCAGGCAGCACUGGGCGCCCCAGAAGGAACAGAGCCCGGACUGGCCCAAUACACCGUUUCCAACACGGAGUUUUGGUAUGAGAAUCUCUCACCCAAGAAGGACUGGAGGGAUCUGGCCCUUGCCAUUCAUACGCGGUGCUGGGACCUGGCAAGAUUCCACCACAAGUCGGACAUUGAGAAUGACAUGGGCCUGUUUGUGGCGAUGAUGCUGCAGCGUGCGUUUCAGGGUAAUAUGAUUAGAGAUGGAGUUGAGGAAUUCUUUGAGGAACAAGUCGCACAGGAUCCAUUCCGGCAUCCGGAGAUUUACCGAGCAGCCCAGAAAGCUCUAAAACGGCGAAAUAAGCAGAAGCAAACGCAGCAGAAGCCACUCUGCAAUGAAAAUGGCACUGCCAGCUUGUUGUCCCUUCCCCUCGACAUCGUCUACAUCCUGUUCGAUCAACUGGAGCACUUUGACCUCUGGAACCUCGUCCAAGCAAUCCACUGGCCCAUCCCGCACUCGUACUGGGGACACAGAGCAGGCGAGUAUCUCAAGUACAUGGACGAGAUCCUGAUGCUAGAUCUGGACUGGGCGUAUUUGUGUUUGGAGCUGGAAAGACUGGAUCGCACGUUGUUUAUUUUCCGGACACGUACUAGGGUGCUUCAAUCUCUUCGUAAUAUCAGCAAUUCCAUGAGUCUAGAUCAGAUGAGGCGGAUUGAGCGAAGGUACAAGCCGGUGCAUCCUAGAGAUGUGAUUAAUGGUAUCCAAUAUUCGAGUUGGGAUUAG